UAGCGGUACGAUAUCAAGUGGCUAAAAAUUCUUUUAAAUUGUAUCGAAUACGCUAUACUUACUCGAAGUAUUGACCAAUCUAUAUCAGUUCGGUAAAAAGGAUUUUGUUCUAUGUGAAUUGGGAAUUCAAAUUUCAACAUUAUUAGGCUACAGCUGUCCUGCUAGUCUGGCGCAUGUCGAAACUUCGUAGAAAAAGGACACAUAAGUACUUAUUUUGUUGCCUGGAAUAAACAAGUCAUACAACGGAGAUAGAGAUUAGCUUAUAACACCCAAUUCUAUCUUAUCUUAUCACUCAGUAUCUAUCAGCAUUAAGCGGCCAGACAUGUUGAACGUAACCUUUCGGCUCGUUAUAAUUUUAUUAAUCAUUUCAAUCACUUCAUCACUGUACUACAUCUACCAAACACGACUCUACAACAUAAGAGCAAAUCGUAAAAAUAUUAUUUCAUAUUUAAAUCAUACGGAGUUAAAGUAUAUCCUACAAUGGACAAGAAGAUUCAGCGCGCCAUUCGACUACCUCGAAGCCGGGAACAGUGUUUUUAUAAAAUACAAGUGCAAGUACACUAACUGCUUCGUAACAGACGACAGAAACUAUUUCCUAGACUUGAACGACUUUCAAGCGAUUGCUUUUAAUGGAAGAGAUUUAGAUAUGUGGAGUUUCCAAUUACCACAAGAGCGAACGCCGGAACAGAAGUACGUCUUCGGAGCAAUGGAGUCACCUGAUUUCUUUCCAGCUUGCAAUGAAUAUUUAGAUGGCUUCUUCAAUUGGACGUGGUCGUAUAAACUCGAUUCUGACUUCCAAUGGGGGUACAUAACUAUUUAUGAUUUGGAAGGCAAUCUAAUUGGACCAGCAAUUGAUAUGGAAUGGAUUGAGGAUAUGCAACCAGCAGAUAGUGCUCUAAAAGCUAAACUAGAUAGUAAGAGUAAAGCAGUUGCAUGGUUUGUAUCACAUUGUCACACAAAGCGUGGCAGAGAAGACUAUGUGGAAGAUUUGGGUAAGGAGUUAGACAAAUUUGGAUGGACUAUUGAUGUGUAUGGUAAAUGUGGGACUCUGUCAUGUCCCUUUAGUGAGGGGAUGUCUUGUUACAAGAUGUUAGAAAAUGAUUAUUACUUUUAUUUAUCAUUUGAAAAUUCAUUUGCUGAGGAUUAUGUGACUGAGAAACUAUUAACUGCUCUUAACAAUUAUGCUGUGCCAGUUGUUUAUGGCGGUGCUGAUUAUUCAAGAUUUCUACCUGAGGGAAGUUAUCUCAAUGCAAUAGAGCUUGGUCCAAAAAGACUAGCACAAUCAAUGAAUGAAAUUAUCUUAAACAAAACUUUAUACUACGAUUUUUUUAAAUGGCAUAAUCAUUACAAAUACAAAAGUGCAGACCAUGUGAAUGCUUGUAGGUUGUGUGAACAAUUGAACAAUGAUAAAAAAAUGAAGAAUAUAACUGUUUGGAGUGAUUUCAGAGAGUGGUGGAAUGGUGAACGAUAUAUAGAAAACUGUUUUUAACAGCUUUCAUAAACUUUUAAGACUAAUACAGUCCCACCGAUCUACGAUAUAUUAUUCAAAACCCAAUUAAUUAAGUUUGAUAGAUUUAUGAUCAGCAUCCCGUAUCCCGUGGUGGAUGUACGCGGGUCGAGCAGCAGAUUAAAUUGUUGUCAUACUAAUAAAAAUAACCCAGCAGCUAUGUAAGUCGACAUCAUUAUUAGAAAACAUGGUCCACAAAAAGUACAAGGUUUGGUGGUACCUAUCAAUGUCGCAGCCAACUAAAUUAAUCAGCCCUUCAAUUAACAGCCUAGCCUCUGAACUAAACAGCGCCGUUUUACUAGCGGCCUGAUAGAUAUUCGGCUGGUUGAUCUAAUAGCGAGGAAAGUUAUUUGUAUCGGUGACGUUUUAUUGCUUUUGUUAUACAGUUAUAGCUUCUGCCACUCUGUCAUAUUUUAAUAAAAAACCCGAAGAACAAUGGAAGAGUGUACACAGUGCACAAAAAUAAUGUGAAUUUAGAACGGCCUAAGCAUUAGCCAGCCAGUUUUUUAAAAUGUUGUUACUAACGCUACGACUGAAUACCUUUCAGGCCCCAAGUUAAGCCGGGCUGUUUAGUUAAAGGCUAGGCUGUUAAAUGAACGUCUUAUUAAGCUAGUUGGCUACGACAUCAACAUCGCAGCAUAAUCACGGUUCACAUCUUUAGUCCACAUUUUUAAUAAAAUCUAUACGGUGUUAUUAAUAUAACGUGAAAAAUUAUAAUUCAUUCCGCAUGUGUGAAAUUUAAUAAAAAAAAUGUAAGUACUUCCACAAAAGAGCGUUUUAUUUUGGGCAAUUAUCAUUACCUACCUAUACUCCAUCUACGUACUCUGUAAGUAUAAUAUUAUUUCC